AUGUCGGCCCCGUCCGAUGCAUCUGCCUCCGCUUCUUCGCGAGGGACGCGUGUGCAUCACCGCAUCCUCGCUGAACUUGGCCUGACUUCAGUCUGGCAAUCCCCUCGCGAUGUCAAACUUCUCUGCGCCCAGCGCUUUGUGCGUCUCUUCGCCUACGGUGGUUCGACUCUGAUUCUGGCUGCCUAUCUCUCAGCAUUGGGUAUCUCCGAUGAACGCAUCGGUCUUUUCAUGACCUUGACCCUGGUGGGCGAUGUCGCCAUCAGCUUCCUCCUCACCCUGUUUGCCGACGCCAUGGGUCGCAGGGCUGUCCUGGCCCUGGGUUCAGCCUUAAUGGUCGGGAGUGGCAUCCUCUUUGCUUCGGUCGGCAAUUACUGGGUCCUUCUGGCGGCAGCCGUCUUUGGCGUCAUAAGUCCGAGUGGAAACGAAAUUGGCCCCUUCCGGGCUGUCGAAGAAUCAACUUUGGCCCAUCUGGCCCCCAAUGACAUCUUGAGCGAUAUCUUCGCAUGGUACUCGCUCAUUGGCAAUGCGGGAACCGCUCUGGGCAUGAUGACUGGCGGAUGGGCCAUCAACCUGCUUCAGGUUAUCUGGGGAUGGCCCUAUAUUCCCGCCUGUAGAGUCAUCUUCUUCGCCUAUGCCGCUAUUGGCGCGCUCAAGUUUCUCCUGUCUAUUGCACUGAGCUCCGCUGUGGAGGCUGAGAAGAAGAAGCCUGCGCGACAGUCUACUAAUGAGGGUGAAAGACAGCCUCUGCUGGGCGAUCAAACGGGCAACGCCACCCCCCAAGAGCAGCAGCCUCAGAAGAAGAAAUCAAUUCUGUCUUUCCUCGGCGAUUCCGAGGUCGUCUCCUUGUUUCUGCGACUUGCGAUUCUGUUCGGUUUGGACUCAU